CCCUCAACAUGUCAACCUCCGAGUCCCAGCAAGUGACCAUCGUCGUCACCGGCGCGUCUGGUCUCGUAGGCUCUGCAAUCAAGCAGGUCAUCGCGACCGAGCCACUUGACUCCCCCUAUGGUCGCAGGCGUGGCGAGCGCUGGGUAUUCCUGAGGAGCACCGAUGGUGAUCUGAGGGAUCCUGCGCAGACGGACGCCAUGUACGCUAAGUACAAGCCGGUUGCUGUCAUCCAUCUUGCGGCUCUUGUCGGUGGCCUCUUCAACAACAUGAGGCACAAUCUUACCUUCCUCCGCGAAAACCUCCUGAUCAACGACAACAUCCUCUGGAGUGCAUACAAGCACAACACGAAGAAAGUCAUCUCCUGCCUCUCCACCUGUGUCUUCCCAGACAAAGUGGAGUACCCACUCACGGAAGCGAAGAUUCACCUCGGCCCACCUCACUCGUCGAACUUCGGUUACUCCCACGCGAAGCGUAUGGUGGAUGUACAGAAUAGGGCGUACAAGGAGGAGUUUGGAUGCAACUUCUCUAGCGCUAUCCCUACGAACGUCUUUGGGCCGUACGACAACUUUGAUCUGGAGGACUCUCAUGUUAUUCCUGGGUUGAUGCACAAGUGCUACCUUGCGAAGAAGAACGGCACACCCUUCAUUGUAUCGGGAACUGGCAAGCCCCUGCGUCAGUUUAUCUACUCCCUCGACCUGGCGAAACUCUUUAUCUGGAUGCUGCGUGAAUACGACUCUGUCGAGCCGUUAAUCUUGUCUGUUGGUGAAGAUGAAGAGAUCAGCAUCAAGGAAGUCGCUGAUGCUAUCGUUCGUGAAAUGGGCUUUACCGGGGAGUACAGGUUCGAUACGACAAAAUCCGAUGGUCAAUUCCGCAAGCCGGCCUCAAACGCGCAGAUCAUGUCUCUCAUGGGCGGAUUCAAGUUCACGCCAUUUGACGUCGCGCUGCACGAGACUGUCAAGUGGUUCGAGGAGAACUAUGAUGGUGCUCGGACUGGAUUCAAGAACUCGGCAACGGAGGGGAAGCGCGCCCAGCCCAAGGAGCCGGAACCUACCCCUCCUAGUUCUCCUCGUGCCGACUCCAAGGCUCUCAAUGCCUCGACAUAGCCUCCCCAUGCUGCAUUGUGGGAUAUUGAUGAACUGGUGAUAAGAUGGAUAUGAAGAUGAACUCAGAUUGAAGAGGAAGGUUGGUUGGUGAGGUUGUAGGAAUGAGAAACGACUCAUUGAAGAAAGGUAAGGUAACAAGUACGUAAGAGACACGUAGGAGCUGUUGUAUGUCGUUAGUUGAGC